AUGGAAGAGGCCGAAGAGGCCAGCGUUGUGUUCCAGCCGCAACGCCUUGUCGAGCUGCACAACAAUAAGGAGCAGAUUGAAGAAAUGGGAGCCGCUGUACACAGACACAGCGACAAUCUGAGAACUACGUUACUUCUGAUUCAGGCGGUCCUCUCCUAUAUUGCGCCUAUUCAGGCCGAACGACGUCCUGCACCUGACGUCAUGAAGCUUCAACAAAUGGUUAAGAAGCUACAACGAUCAUCCCAGGUCGGUCCGCCAUGGCGGUAUUCUCAUACGGAGGCUACGUUGAUGCAGUAUGCGCAAGAGGUUAUCGUGAAAGGAAUGAAUACUCCGGAAGCCAACCCACGGGAAGACAUUAUAGCUCAGACUUCACCCAAGGUCUCUAGCGAUAGCGAUCGUCUGCCAUGGAUGAAGGCUAUCCAAGCAAUACGAGAAGAUCGAAAGGAGUCGGUGCCAACAAAGAGCCCUAGGAGAGCUCUCAGUGUCUUGCGAGGUGCGGCUCCACUUCAAGGUGUACAAGAGCGUGAGACAUCCGACUCGGACGAUGAUCUGGACACCGACUUCGCGAAAGCGGCCUUGAGCACAGGCUCGCAAGCCUUCGAUUCCGGAAGUUGGGACGAGGCGGACUCUCUACUCCAAGAAGCACUCAGAAUAUUGCAAGGGCUGUCAACGCGCCAACGCGCAUUCUGUGACGUGUUCAGCCUCUUCUACAGGCUUGCAGUCUGCGCCUACCACGUUCAGGAACCUGUGGAUGCGGCAAAAGCUCUGAUCGGAUUUGUCAACCAGCCAGCAGACUCUGAUCAGCAACGUGAAUGCAUUCACAACGCGACGCACUUGCUGUCUCAGUUAUAUGUCCGAAUGAGGCAACUCGACCGUGCACGAGCCGAAUGCGAGAAGGCCUUACAAGCAAGAAGACGAUUACUGGGAAAACGGCAUGCUUCGUCUUUGGAGUCCUUGGCUCUUAUGGCUCACAUUUACGUCUUGCUCAAUAACCGUGCGCUUGCGAAAUCCUGCCUUGCCAUGAUACCGGAGGCAAACCGAGAAGCCUCUUUGAAGGCAGUCGAAGAAUCGCUGCAAACGAGCGUAGAGCACCUUGAGUUUUCUUCGCUUCUCUCGCGUGCGAGACCCUCCGAGACCGAUGCGAUAGGAGAGCGACCUCGCAGCAGACUCUCCGAAACAAGCUUGGAAGCCUCGCCAGAACCUACUGGGAGCGACUCAGCAUCUGUGUCCAUGGUACUGGCUGCUCGGCCUUGGAAAGCGCCUCGAAGUGUUAUAUCCGAGAACAUGACUCUGGUGGAUUCCAGCCCUCCAAUGGGAAAAUCGCAACCUUCUGCAUCAAACAGAGUAGAAUGGAGGCCGUCAGAGGAUGGAAGUUGGACACAGGGCUACUCUCCUAGCCCGAGAAAAGCAGAACCAGUGAUUCCGAGCUCGGAUGAACCCAGGCAUAUGGCGACAUCCGAGGGAAAGCCCUUAUCUCGCAAAGAGAUCCUUGGUAAAGUCGGAUGCCAACCAAGGGAUCGGACCGAAGAGGCUGUUUGCGAUGGAGAUCAUGGAGCGUUGACAGCUAUCCUUAACAAGAAGAAGGGGUUCUGGCGCUCGAGUGUGCGCAAACGGGGCCGCCCAGAGCGAGUCACCGCGCUACACUUCGCCGCGCUGCUGGGAGAAGUGGUUAUGGCGAGGACCCUGAUCCAAGCGGGGUUCAGCGUCAACGAAGUUCCUUUUGGCUACUCAACAACUCUAACGCCGCUCAACUUCGCUGUAGGCGCUCGACAAGUGGCCAUGGUCGACUUGCUCACUGCCAAUGGAGCGGUGCCAGCCGAGCCGGACACCUGGUCGACCUUGGCCGGACAGCUUAUGAGUCGCUCAUGGCUGAUCAAGACCACGUCGGAUGCCGACAAGCACCUCGUUCCAAGCCGCAUCAUCGCAGUCAUGGAUGUCUUGCUCAACCGCGGAUGGGAUAUCAAUGCACCGAUGACGACAUCCGGGGGAACCGUGCUGCACCAAGCUGUUUCUUUCUGGACAGGCGCCUACAAAUGGGAUCUGGAUCUUCGAGCCACAGUGACAUCCUUCUUAUGCGAGAGAGGAGCAAAUCCGUUUCAAGCGAAUGCAGAGGGCAAGAGCCCUUAUGACAUUGCCUCUGAUUCGGAACAUCAAGAUCUCCUGGCGAUCAUCGAAGAACAUUCCAGGUCGAAAAGGCUCACUGGCACGGCAGCCAUGCCGGCUGAGCUGUCCAGUCAUCAAUAA